AUGGCGGACGUCAAACCGCACACACUGUCAGACGGCCUGUCAACCCCCACAUCCUCGAUUUCUAGAACGAACCUGCAUUUGUCCUCUUGCGAUCUCGGUCAGCCCCUCUGGAACCUUGAGAGCCACUUGACUGACCCGCCUCGCUUGCCUGAUUCCUGGGUGCGUGUGCAUACGGAGUAUGUAGUCGACCUGACAUCACACGACGACUGGGGCCCCUCUGUUGCAUUCUACGGUGGGAAUUUGCCGAUGCUGAAAAAUCUACGCAAGCAACAAUCGGACUCUCAUCCCGGCGUCAUGAUAGCGUCAAAGGACCGCGGAAGCAAGGACAGACGUUGGGACAGAUGCCCACGUGUUUACAGAAUCGACGACAGCACGGAGUCUGGACGGAAAUACGUCACCAAAAACAUGGUCAAAACAAGACAAAGUCUCGAAAACGCCAACGAAGACACUCGGUAUGCCAUUGCGGUUACAACUUCGCCAUCUAGGCUAGGUUGGAGGAGAGCAGGAUGCAAAUACAACGCGUGUCAUUCGUGGAGAGCGAGAGACGGCGUCGACUGCAAGAUGCAGAAAAAUGGCCAGACACAAGAACGCAAGAACGGACUCAAGGACGGUCGCAUGCUGGUCCCAGGAUCAAGCAUCGAGACAGUGGGGGAAAUAAGCCAGACUGCAAGUGCACAGAGGCUGGACAGGCAGCGUGGGCAGGGAUGUGAGGAUGUGACGUGA